UGCCGGCGGCGGACCCCUGGUGGUUCCCAGAACCCGAGGACAGGGCCCUCUUUUUUUUUUUUUUUUUUUUUAAAGAUGACCGGUAAGGGGAUCUUAACCCUUAACUUGGUGUUGUCAGCACCACGCUCACCCAGUGAGCCAACCGGUCUUCCCUAUAUAUAGGAUACGAACCCGUGGCCUUGGUGUUAUCAGCACCGCACUCUCCCCAGUGAGCCACCGGCCGGCCCUUGGGCCCUCUUUUUGGCCGUCUACCGGAUACCCGGAGAGUGUGAACAAUUCAUUUGUAGAUAAAAACAGAGAGACAAGAAGUUUGAAGACCGAAAAGCGGGGCAGCAACUCUCUUAGUGUUUUUGCCCCUCUCCUGACUUUCUGACGGCUGAAACCGACAAGAAGAGGGGGAGAGAAAAAGCUGGAAGAAAAUUUCGGCUUCAAUCUGCCAGCGUCUCUGCUUUCUUCUUGGGGAGCUGCCACUUCCCCUUGUCUCCAGUGGCCGAAGACUCCUUAUAACUUCAAGGACAACGUGCUUGCACCACCUUUAUUGUUCUCACGUUUGUUGAGCACUUUGUCCAGGUCCUGUGAUGCCUUGUAGAAUAGGAGUAAUGCCACAGCACUCUGGUCUUGCUUCUGAUGCUGUGGAAAUCCUUCCAAAAUUGCACCAAACCGGAGUUAGAAUGCCUGAGCCAGCCAAGUCCACUUCGGCCCCGAAGAAAGGCUCCAAGAAGGCGGUGACCAAGGCGCAGAAAAAGGACGGCAAGAAGCGCAAGCGCAGCCGCAAGGAGAGCUACUCCGUGUACGUGUACAAGGUGCUGAAGCAGGUCCACCCCGACACCGGCAUCUCGUCCAAGGCCAUGGGCAUCAUGAACUCCUUCGUGAACGACAUCUUCGAGCGCAUCGCGGGGGAGGCGUCGCGGCUGGCGCAUUACAACAAGCGCUCGACCAUCACCUCCAGGGAGAUCCAGACGGCCGUGCGCCUGCUGCUGCCCGGGGAGCUGGCCAAGCACGCCGUGUCCGAGGGCACCAAGGCCGUCACCAAGUACACCAGCUCCAAGUAAAUGUAUCGAGAGGUACUGCUAAAGCCAAAGGCUCUUUUCAGAGCCACUCGCCGUUUUCAUAAUCGGAGCUGCGCACUAGCACGUGUUCCUGGAAAUCUGGCAUUCACUUAGCAUUAAGAGCAACGUUAACGAAAGCGUUACUAGUUAUCAGUUCUUGGACGGUAGACCCGCCGCAUACGGUUCUGACAGUCGUGUCCUCCCUCUGGGUUCCCAGCUGUGUAAGCGAACGUGGACUGAAGCACUUAACUCUCCAAGCCUUUGAAAUUUUCCUGUAGGGCAGGCCCCACGGCUCACUCGAGAUAGUGCGGCCACGGGUUCGGAUCCUAUAUAGGGAUGGCCGGUGCGCUCACUGGCUGAGCGUGGUGCAGACCCCACGGUGCUGAGGGUUGUGAUCCCCUUACCGG